AUGGCAACUACUUCUGCAAAAUCUUUCCACAUUCGUUCCACUAGUUUUCCCUCAAAGUCCCACCCAAGCUUGGCCAGAGUCCAGGAGUGCAUUCAUCUGGUUAAGGCCUGGGAAGCCUGCCCAUCAAGGAAGGCACGGUUGGUUACCAGACUUGGGCAUCUCAAGGACCUCUACGCUUCCGUCAAUGCCUUCCUGCAACUACCUCUCACUCAACAGGCUCUUUGUGGCAAAGGGAGUUUGGUGAGGGAGAUGAUGGACGACUUCCUCUGCUUGAUGGAUGCCUGCGGGCUGGUGAAGGACUCGUUACAGCAAACUAAGGAGCAACACCAAUCCCUUCGAUCCAUGUUUCGAAGAGGCGAUCCUGGUUUGGAAGCUGGCAUCUGCGCAUAUCAGUGCAGCAGGAAGAGGAUGAAGAAGGAGAUGGGCAAGUGCCUGAGAUUAGUGAGCAGUGUCGAGAAGCAUGCGUCCUCAUCUGGUGACAACCUCGACGUGGUUGAUCAGGUCUUCAAGGAUGUGAGGGCUGUUACCGUCUCUACCUUUACCCUUCUUAGUUUGAUCAUCUCGGGGAGAAAGGCAACACAAUCCAUCUUCUCAAGAUUAUUGAGUUCCAAGAUCCAUGAAGCAGAAGGUGAUGAAGAUUUUGUUGGCGAAGUAGAGAGGGCAGAUAUGGCUAUCCUCAGAAUGCACAGCCAUUCAUCCAAGACUGCACGGAAGGAAGAUGCCCAAGAAGCACAAAGGCCAUUGGAUCUUAAAUUGGGUGAAACAGAAGUGGAAUUGGAGGAUCUCUUGAGAUGCAUGAUCCAAGCUAAAGUCUCCCUCCUCAACAUCGUUACAGGGUGUUGA